AUGCGUCACGCGUCCCCAGCCCAUGUGCCACGCCCAGGCAGCGUGGCGAUCACCUCCACAAGCUAUGUCAUCACAUGUAGUGUGCGAACAGAUCAGCCACAAUCCAGGGCAAGAACACAUACAAGCACAUCGCCAAAACGCCUCCUGUCAGAGAACAUAACCAGAUUCGGUCAGAUAGCUUUUGUUAUCAAUAUGCCAAACUACCUCGAUCAAGAUGAUCAGAAAGGCCCCCUCUCGUUCAUCGGCGACCCCUUAGGCAAAGUCCUCGGCGUCGGGCUGAAGCCUCUCGGUCACGUAACCGGCGCCAUCGGCAACCCGAACGGCGAAGCACUCCUCGAAGUUCAGAAGCAAGCGAAGCGUGAGCACGGCUUCACCAAUGAAGACAACGGCAAGCCGGACAAGGAACUGCCUGGAGGGGAGAGGAUAGGUGGGAAGGAGCAGACUGGGGACAAUCCGCUUGGUUUGUGA